AUGUUAAUUUAUACAUCAUGGUAUACUUCAGACACAAUUAAUGAGUACAUUAAAAUGAUAGUAACACGGUCAGAAGGUGAAGUUUAUGCAGUUGUCACUGAUUUUAUUGUAGCGUAUCUUCGAGGAGGUUAUCCAGAUGUAAGAAGAUGGAUAAAAAAAGAUAUUCACACAAUAAAAUUACUUUUUGUGCCCAUGAAUGUAUAUGAGAGUCAUUGGAUAUUGACAGUGGUUAAUAUACCUGAAAAGACUGUGACAUCAUAUGAUAGUCUUAAGUCGUAUAAGGGUCCUUAUCCAAUGGUAUUAAAAAAUUUCUUAAUUGAAUGGGAGAUGGACAAAAAAGGAAAAGCUUCUACAUGGACAUUACAAAUAGGCGAGACAUCUCGCCAAACCAAUGGACAUGAUUGUGGGCCAUUUACUGUUGAGCUGGCAGAAAAAAUGUCUCGAGGAGAUACAACACCAAUAAAUAAGCUUAUGAUAACACAAUCAGAAUUGGUAACUAGGAAUAAUCACAGAUAUAUUUAUCAUAUACCUGUGGGAAUAAUUGACAAAAAUAUUUGGUGA